AUGCCUCUCAAACUCCUCCAAGUGAUCGCCGUCUUGGCUGCUUCUGCCCAUGGCCUCGCUGUGCCGGAUAGCCAAGGCGCUGCGUUCAGCGUCGAUGCUUUGCCGUCGUCACCAGAGGAAUUCGAUCCUGCUGCUGAGAGGCAGCGGCUUGAGGCGAAAUACUCUGCGAUCCAUGGUAACAUCAUAGAAGCGCGCAGCGUGAAGCAGUCGGGCUCCGUGGAAGUGAAACCUUCCUCGAAUGGCAAUUCAUUCUUCGUCCCUACAGUCGUCGGGAACCAGACUUUCAAGAUGAUUUACGACACUGGAUCUGCCGACCUAUGGGUGUAUUCCAACGAGUCUUCUAUCUUCCAGAGCGAGGAUCACCCAACCUAUGCCCCAACUUCAUCUGCGCACCUCCUCAAGAACUACAAUUGGUCCAUCACCUACGCCUUUGGCGAGGAAGUCAGCGGCGUCGUCUACACCGACACGGUCAAGGCAGGCCCCGUCGUAGCCCAAAAGCAGGCCGUGCAAGCCGCCACCGUCAUCCAAGCCGAGUUCGCCUCAGAUGGCAUUCUUGGUCUGGCAUUCAGUACCAUCAACACCGUCAAGCCCAAGAAGCAAAAGACUUUCUUCGAGACUCUCCUGCCCACUCUCAAGAAGAAGGUCUUUGCUGCUAAUCUCAGGGUCGAUGGCAAGCCUGCGACUUGGGAUUUCGGAUACAUCGACGAUACCAAGUUCAAGGGUAAAGUGGCCUAUACCCCCGUUGUCAGCACCAAGUACUGGUCGAUGAACGUGAGCACCUAUGCCGUUGGCAAAGGCUCAUUCACCAGUAGCAAAAAGAAGGUUGGCGAGGUCAUCGUCGACUCCGGGACGACCCUUGUUUAUCUCCCUGAAACUGUGGUGAACGACUACUACAGCCAUAUCAAGGGCUAUAAGCUCCAGGAGGGAGGCUCUCGCACAUUCCCGUGCAAUAGCACUGUUCCAGACUUUCAUUUUAAGAUUGAUAGCACAACGCUAACUAUCCCUGGGCGGGACGUUAACUAUACUGUAUAUGACCGCGCUAAUCGUAUCUGUGGUGGAGCGAUCUCUACUCAGCUUAAUAGCAAGUACUCUGUGCUAGGAAAUUUGUUCAUGAAGAACUACUAUGUUGUUCAUAGCCAGGAGGAUGCUACCCCUAAGCUUGGAUUUGCACCGCAUUGA